AUGGAGGAAGGGGAAGAGAAAAUGUUAAAGAGGGAGGAGGUGGAGGAGAAGAGGGUAAGGGAAGCAGAGGAACUGGAUGAAGGGGAGGAAGUGGGAGAAAAUGAGGUAGAGAGAGAGGUUAAGGUCAACAAGGAGGUGAAUGAAGAGGAAGUGAAGGAAGUGGAGAAACUGGAGGAAGGGGAAGAAGUGGGGGAAAAUGAGGUAGAGAGAGAGGUUAAGGUGAACAUGGAGGUGGAGGUGGAGAAUGAGGAGGUGGAAGAUGAGGAAGGGAAGGAGGUGACGCAAGGAGAAAUUGUUGCGAUUGGGGUUGAAGGGGAGGUUAGGGAGAAUGAGGAGAUGGUUGAGAGAGAGAGAGGGGACACAGAAUCAGAGCAAUGGGAGGAAGAGGGAGAAUCAGAGGAAGAGGUAGAGAUUAAGGUGAACAAGGAGGAGGAGGAGGAAGAGGAGGAGGAUGAAGACAGGGAAGUGACGGAACAAGAGCAGAUAGAGGAAGAUGAUAAUGGGAAAGACGAGCAACCAGAGCAGGAGCAAAUUGAACAUUACGACCCUGGAAUGCAGUUUAGAGAAUACAUGAAUGAAAGGGGGAUUGAGGGCAAACAUGCUCAGCAAAGCCAAGAGAGUGCAGCACAAGAAGAUGGAACAAUAAAAGAAGAAGACAUUUCAGAUUCAGUCGAGCCCGAUGAUGAAGAUUCUGACUGGAUGGAAUCUGAGGAUGAAAUCUUCAAGUCAGAGAGAAAGAAUGAAGAGAGAGCUACUGAAGAACAAUGCAAUGAUCCCAGGGAACUGGACGAUCUUGAUGAAAAGUCAAUGAGGAAUGAAAAUAGCACCCUAGGAGUGUGGACUUCGAAGGAAAGACGAAAAGAGGAAGAUGAGAGUGAGAAGCCUACACAUGAGGAAGAAACAAUUGCAGAAUCUUGGACAACUCACGUAGAAGAGUUUCAAGACUAUCAAGAAAAACAUCAAGAGGAAGAGGAAGACUCUACAGAUGAUGAGGAUGCAGAAUAUUCAAUGUAUGAAGAUGUGGAUAGUAAUGAAGAUGUGGUAAAGAUUUACUGCAAAGAUGAUUACCCUAUGGACAUAUUCUGCACUCUGAAAGAGUUUAGGGACUCUUCCCUUCUCACCGACCUAACUUUGAGCACAGAGGAUGGGAAGAGUUUCCAUGUCCACUCCCCUGUUCUGGCUGCUAUCAGCUCCUUUAUCUGGGAAGAAGACGAUGGCACAAGAGUUGGAACCAAUACGUGGUCACUGUCCCUGGGUUCAGAUGUAGAUCUUGUUGGAUUAGAGGCAGUUGUGGAGUUUGCCUAUUCUGGACUUAUAUCUUGUCUGACCAAGGACACCGUGGAACAGAUAAAGGCAGCAGCUCAAAAGCUUGGCGUUCCCAGGGUGCUGGAUCUCUGCACCGAGGAAGAGUCCACAAAAACUGAAGGGCAGAAGAACGAAGAAAGGAUAUCUGCUGCAGAACAAAUGAUGAUCAGUCUUCAGUCCAUCAAACAGUUGUGGAUGGACAAGGUGGGCUGUGAUGUUAUUUUGGAAGCUAUUGGAGAAUCGCUGCAUGUCCACAGAGUCAUCCUAGCCGCAAGUAGUGACUACUUCCGUGGCAUGUUCACGUUGGGGAUGAGGGAGUCGCAUCAGACUUGUGUGAAUCUCCCCUUCCUCUUGGCCUCAGAGCUGGAGGUUCUGAUCGGCUGCUCCUACAGCGGGACUCUGCCCCUCAGCUGGAGGUGUGUCUUUGAGAUCACUAGUACCGCUCUCCAACUCCAGUACCAACCUGCCCUCUCCUUGUGCCUAAACUUCAUGCAACAAGAAAUUAAUCCCCACUCCUGCCUGGAUGUGGCAUCUUUUGCUCAGGCUUACGAGAUGGUGCAGCUUCUCGAAGUUGCGGAUGAUUUCGUCUUGCGACAAUUCCAAAAGGUAGCAUGCACCUUAAAGUUCAAGGACCUGCCAGCCAAAAACCUCCUCAGGUACUUGAACAGUCACUCACUCUGUGUUCCAUCUGAACUUGUUGUGUUCAAAGCAGUGGUGGCAUGGAUUCAAGCUAAGCCCCAGAAAAGGCUUAAAUUUGCUAAGGAAUUGAUGAAAACUAUUCACUUUCCCUUGAUGACGUUCAAGGAAUUCAAAGAGGUUCAGUCUCUGAAUAUGUGGUCGGAUCACAGCCUGGUCGAGCUCUAUGAAGCAGUUUUUGAGGAUUUCUGCUCCAAUGACACUGCACCACAGAGUCAGUGCCGCAUCUACCUGCCAAAAGAGAGUCUGGUCCUGAUUGGAGGUGACCAGAUCUCUGAAGAUCUGGGUAGCCGCAGCAUCAGCAAAGAACUCUGGUUUGGGAAUUCCCUGAGGAACCAUACAGGGAUAAAAAAGAACAUGGAGUGGAGAAAGUUGGGAGAAAUGCCAGAGCCCGCGAGGUUCAGUCAUGAGGUGGCGGUGCUCAAAGGACAACUGUACGUGUUUGGUGGGAAGAGGUAUUAUGGCGUUGGUGACACCCUGAAUUCUGUUUACAGGUAUGACCUCCAUCAAAACAGCUGGGAGAGCCUGGCUGAAAUGCACGAAAAGAGAUGCGCUUUCUCUGUGGUUGUGCUAGAUGGAAAGAUAUAUGCCAUCGGUGGACACUGUGACCCUGAGUAUAUUGAUAGUGUGGAACGAUACUGCCCCACUGCAAACUCUUGGAGCUUCACCCGGCCCAUAGAUCUGCCUCUCUGCGGGCAUGUUGCAAAAGUUUUACAAGGACAGAUCUUUGUCUCAGGAGGGCUGAACAGCGACUACUGUUGUCUUGCAUCCAUGUUUCUCUACCACCCAGAGACUGGGAGCACCUAUCUGGCAGACAUGACUAAACCUCGGGCUCAUCACUGCAUGGAGACCCUGGGUGACCGUCUUUAUGUAGCAGGUGGAAUCACCACAGAUAAUAACACCACCAUUGUUAACCAGCUAGCCUGCGAGGUGUACAAUCCUUCAGCUGACUCCUGGACUGCCUUAGCAUAUCUAAAUGUGCCACAUGUUGGAGCAGGAUGUGCAGUUUUGGAGGGAAAGUUUUAUGUGCUGGGUGGAUACAGCCAGGAGGACUACAGUGAAACUAAAAUGAUCCACCGUUAUGAUCCCGCCACACAGAGAUGGGAGAAUAUGGGCAAGAUGCCUGGGCCAAACAAUGACAUACGAGCAGCUCUGCUGUAUUUGCCAUCACAUUUCCGAUUGUGA